AUGGAUUAUCCUGACAUACUGGAAGGUCUACCCUUGGGAAGGAAACCACAAUCCGUUGAGGAGAUUUCAGCAAUGAUGCAAAGAAAUGAUCAAUUCAUCCAGGCUGCAGUUCUGGGAAAUCUCCUUCGCUCGGCCUACAUAAUUCUUCCAACGUGGACAAGUAGCUUAAACGUCGCAUAUAACGCCUCCAUUGGCUUGGCACCCAAGAAUUUCAGCCAUGACAGUCAACUCUGCCUAUGCAUGGCUAAUUCAAAGGCGGAGGAAGUCUGUCAAAUAAAAAGCUUCACAUCAGAGGAGAUGGAAACUGAGUUACCCACUCAUAUCUGCAACCCCCGUCUGGCCUACUAUCGUUUUGCCGAACUAACUUCAUCUAAAGCCGCAUCGGGAACUCUUCGACAGCUGUUCAACAAAAACCAUACUCCAGCACCUCUUAUAAUCGAUAUUGAUGAAGAUUUCUUUGGUGUCCAAUUACCCUCCGCAGCAUUAAUGCAACAAGGCUGGGAAUUAAUUGAUAUUUUGUCCUUGUCGUACCCAUUGAAGGAAAUCUUCUGCCCUCCCGAAGAGCUUUCUGGAGCAGAAGAAUUGAAACUCGACUUAUGGUUUCAGAAAACUGUGGAGUCUUUCAAAAAUGCCGGCUGUUUUAGCCAAUAUCAUUGCUCACAUUUGCAUGACAACUCGAGUAUUUCAUUCCCAUGUCAAGAAGAAAUCCACAAGUCCGUGUUUUUCAUGGACCCAAGAUGGAGAUGCCAAAAUAUUGAUGAGGUCAUCUUUAAUAUGAAGCGGCUAGUAAUCCUACUGUCUUACUAUCCCCAUCAUUACUUGAAUGUUCUCAUGGAAGCUGGAGUAUGCCUAGAAGUUGCAAGUAGAUCCUACAAAGUUCAGCCAAGAAUUCACUUUUGUCUGGGUCACAAUUAUCCCGGAGCUUCCGUUGUGCCUGAAUAUGGCCCCGCGUAUGAAGAAAUAAUUGAAUUAGCACGGAAUAUGACCAGGAUUUUAAAGGCAACGUUACCCCGAAAGCCCGCUGCAAUAACAAUUGCUAGGUCAAUUCGAGAUGGAUAUUCCAUUCGAAAGAACCUGUCCUUAGUGGAAACAAUAAUAAAAAUGGUCUUAAAGAGAGUCUACAAUCUUACCGACGAGAAUUUCCAUUAUUCUGAAUAUUUGGCUGGAGGUCCAAGGGGUUGGGCAGACAGAUAUCAGAAAAAAAGAAAAGUUUUCUAA